CUUCGUUCAUCUACUGCCGUUUGUAAUCUGGAGCAGUGAUGCAGUCCAUCAGAGACCUGAAGCCCAACUUCAACAUCCCUCCUCCCCCGUCCAUGCCUGCCGGACCGGAGCACUUCCACCAGGGCACCAUCAAGAUGACCCUGGAGGACUCGGACCUCUGGAAGUCUUUCCAUGAAAUUGGCACAGAGAUGAUUAUCACCAAGCCUGGCAGGAGAAUGUUCCCACAUUGCAAAGUCAAUCUUUUUGGGUUAGUCCCCUAUGCAAAGUACAUCUUGUUGGUGGACAUGGUCCCCGUGGAUAACUUCAGGUAUAAGUGGAACAAGGACAAAUGGGAGGUGGCUGGGAAGGCCGAGCCGCAGCCCCCCUGCCGGACCUACCUGCACCCGGACUCCCCAGCUCCAGGCAGCCACUGGAUGAAGCAGUCCGUGUCCUUCCUCAAGCUCAAAUUGACCAACAACACCCUGGACCAGCAUGGCCAUAUUAUCCUGCACUCCAUGCAUCGCUAUCACCCCCGCUUCCACAUCGUCCAGGCAGAUGACCUGUACAGUGUCCGCUGGAGCGUCUUCCAGACCUUCACUUUCCCAGAGACCUCCUUCACCUCAGUCACAGCUUACCAGAACACCAAGAUUACAAAGCUGAAAAUUGACCACAACCCUUUCGCUAAGGGUUUCAGGGAUGAAGGCACCAACACAAAACGACGUGCUAACAGAGGCCAGGCUGACCCAGAGAGAAUGGCGAAGAGAAUGCACACCAUAAAAGUUGACCCCGAAAGCCCUGCAGACUUCCACCGCUCUCCCUACGAGGCGUACGAUGGCGAGCCACCCAAGACGAAAGAGGUGGAGGGGGUGAAGGAGGAGCGCUACUCCCCGUGGCCAGUAGCUGACCGGGAGAAUAGCCACAGCAUGCGCACGUCUGAGUCCCCACUGGGACCCGAGGGCAGGGACAUCUACAACACAGAGCAGCUUGUGCCUGGACAGACAUCAUACCCGCCAUACAGGUUCCAUGAAUAUGGCAAGUCCCCCUCUCCAUCCAACUCCAGCAUUGCCAGCAGUGGCGGCAGUUCAGGGAGGCCCAGCUUCGAGUUGUCCCGCGUCUCGGACGUCGCCACGGUUCCAGAAACCACGUCCGGGGUCAUCGCCACCCACAAGCCCCCCGCCACCGAGAUGGCCCCCCUGCCAACCUCCUGCCCUCCCCAGCCCGCUGUGGGUCACCAGGACUACACGGGCGUCCUCAACAUGGCCAUGGCUCAAGCGGUUAGCAAGCCGGCCGGCGUACUGGGCCACCACCACCACCACCUGUACGCCCCAUACGGUGCCGAGCAGCACAUUGGACAGUGGAGCGGCGUGGGCGCGGCGUCCAGUCAGUACCCGGCUCACCCGCCGCCACACCUGCCCACCGAGUACAGCACGCAGGCCACCAUGCACCACGGCUACCCCCACGGCAACGUGGCCGACUGGAGCCAGUACCCGCUCUUCUCGUACUCCUGCUGGUGAGCGCCGGCGGCCACAGCAGCGCUGACUAGGCAAUCACCGGGAAAAAAUAAGACUGUCGGCAGCUCAGGAGAGGAAGAGGACCGGGAAGCAGACUGCAACUCUUCUGCUUUGCAAGGAGGGUACAGUCACAGCCUCUCUCUCUGUGCUAAAAAAGACCUCAACUCCCUCGGCCCGCUCAUGCAUGCUGUUUUGCACUGAAAGACUGUAGAAGCUGUGAGGAGGCACACACUGCCAACUGAAAGAGGAGAAAAAGAGACUGUGUUUGUGUGUGAGAGAGGGAAUGAGAGAGCGUGUGUGUGAUAGACAGUGGGAGAGAAGGAGAGAGAGAAUGUCCACAGGCCGAGAGGCCAAGAGCACCUUCUGUUUGAACACAGGCACAGAGAUGGCCUACUUGUCAUCACGGAGACACUGGAAUGAAGUGAGCAGUAGUAAAAAUGACUUGCAUUUGUCCUUUUUCUUCACUUUGAAAGUUGGUAUGGGGGAUUAUUAACGUUUA